AUGGACGCAAUGAUGCUCCACGGCUUUAUCGCCGUCGAAAGCGGACCAUCACAACCUCUCGAACUUCCCUCCGCUCCUGGGAAGGCCGUACACCGGAAGUACCCCGGCGCUCCGCAAGAAGCUUCGGCCAUCGAACUCCAACCUCUGACCCGGACUCCGAAAUCCAACAAGUCGACUUCGGCAUCUCGAAUCAACAUUGCUUCUACGUCUGGUCCCCAGCCCGACACAACGACAAAUGCCAACUUCAGUUCCGGGCCCGAACUUGAGGAACAAAGCCGUCCCGGAACUCCCAACGCCGACUCUUUGAACGAUGGUAGCGCAAGAAGCGACAGCGCCGAGGCGAUGCAAAGCAUCAUGAACCCAUACAUGAACCGCUGGCGACUCUUGGCUAUGUGUCUGAUCAACCUGAGCAACGGCAUGAGCGAUUCCGCUCCGGGUGCCUUGAUCCCCGCCAUCGAAGAAUACUACGGCAUCGGCUACGCUGUCGUCUCCCUCAUCUUCGUCGGUAACGCUCUCGGCUUCAUCGCCGGCGCCUUCUUCGUCGAUGCCAUCCGUGAGCGCGUCGGGCGCGCCAAGACGCUGGCCGUCGGCCAGGGCCUCAUCUCGCUGGGCUACAUCCCCAUGAUUGCUACCGCUCCGUAUCCUGCCAUCGUCGUGUCUUUCUUCUUUGUCGGGUUCGGCAUGUCCAUCAACCUGGCCAUGGGCAACGUGUUUUGCGGAUCGCUUAGCAACUCGACCACUGCCCUGUCGAUGAUGCACGGCUCGUAUGGUAUCGGAGGUACCGUCGGUCCGCUGCUAGCAACGUCUAUGGUGACGGUUUUCGGCGUAAUUUGGAGUCGAUACUAUGCGCUGAGCUUGGGGUUGGCGGCUUUGGGAGGCGUGUGUGGAACUUGUGCGUUUAGGGAUUACGAGAGGGAUACCCAGCAGCACUUGGGUUCUACUGGUGGUCAGUCAGCGGGCACCACUGCUGCUACUGCUGCUGCUGCCCCCCGUCGCGACUGGCGUGCCGAUGUCGCGGCUAUGGUUUCUGCUCUGUCGAACCGUGUCGUCCUUCUCGGUGCCCUGUUCAUCUUCGCCUACCAAGGCGCCGAAGUUAGUAUCUCCGGCUGGGUGAACACCUUCUUGAUGGACUCGCGCCAUGUAAGCGACGGCUCGGUCGGUUACGUUACCGCUGGUUUCUGGGGCGGUAUCACGCUCGGUCGUUUCCUGCUGGCGCCGCCAGCGCACAGAAUAGGGGAGAAGUUGUUCGUCGUCAUUGUCGUCGUGGGAGCGUGCGCUUUCCAGCUGGUGGUUUGGCUCGUGCCAAAUUUGAUCGGAAACGCAGUGGCUGUCGCGAUCGUUGGUCUGCUGCUGGGACCCGUUUACCCGUGCGCUGCGGCGGUAUUCAUGCGGAAUAUCAGCAAGCAGAAGCAGGUCAGUGGGAUGGGCGUCAUCUCGGCGUUUGGAAGCUCGGGAGGAGCGGCGGCUCCGUUUACAACGGGUUUGUUGGCGCAGGCUGUGGGCACGUUUGUCUUGCACCCGAUUGUUAUUGCGUUGUUUGUGGUUAUGAUGAUUUGCUGGUAUGCUCUGCCGAAUAAGCCCAAGAGAAGCGAAUAA